AUGACGAGAAUCAUAUGCGAAGAAGCUACGCGCGAACGAAGGAAGUUCAAGAAGGGAUUAGUCAUCUCUUAUACAAUAUGCAUUAGGCAUCAACGUGCUAGUAAGUAUCAUACUAAGAAACCACUAAAGUGCCCACUACAAAGAUCACUAGAAUCAUCCUCUUCUCCUUCAUUGGAUAGCCAAAGAAAGACUCCACACCCUCAUCUUGAAAACUCAUUGCCGAACUCAACCCUCAACAACACACACUCACCAAAUUCUCACCAAACUCAAAAAUCUUGGAGGCAAACCAUACCAAAUUCAAAGGAGACUAAGACUCGACGAGGCGAUUAUCAAGGGGACGCGGAACGUAAAGAACGCGACAUCGCUUUGCUAGAACCGAAGUCUUUGGAUAGCAAUUUUGUUUUCUUUCAGGGGUAUAGUAUUGGAUAUAACAAACUUCUAUCAUUAUUCCAGAAGUCUGUGAGUGCAGAACGAAGGAGUUAAUCGAUAGUGCUGCAGUAGUCAAGUCUUAGUACGUUGAUAGUUUGUCAAACGGUUUUAUAUAAUUUACCUAAACUCUGAAAUGUACGAAAGGUUUUAAACUGCGUUUUUAAACCGUUUGUAUUUAUGUGAGAAACAGGGCAUUGUUUAUCAGA